AGUGUGGUCUUUUGUUCACUGUUCAGCGCCAGAUUUGCCCUAACUAAGAUGGGCGAAAGUGACCAUUGUGCAUUAGCAGCCUGCUACGACCGUGCGAGACUGCCUCUUCGCUGAAGUGAAUUUGCAGUGUCCAGUAAUGAUUGUUAGUGUGCAUGCCAGUGCACUGCAGAUGCGGUGGUAGAAGAUCCACGGCCACGGCCACGAGAGUGCAGCAGACGAAACUAGUUCUUUUAGAAACUCUUCUUACCAACACUCGUUGUAGCAUAGAGACGUGUUGGUGCGUGUGUUCGUGCCAGCUGCCUAUUUCCCAACCCAACAAACAGGCGUGUUAGUCCUGAGUAUGUCGAUGUGUAAGCGACAUCAUCCGGCAGGGACACAAGAGUAAGUCAGUUCCAAUUCUGAGGUAAACUUUCAACAACAGCGAACGCAGGCUAUAUUGGUGCAGUUAGCGCAGCAGCUUGCAGCUGAGAUCGUUAGGAGGAAGACGAAGUCAAACUGUGACAGGCCGGCUUCCCCGCAGUGCGCAAGGUAUUCGCAGCCGGAAAAGCGCCCGUCAAAGCGGAUUAUCCCCGCAGGUGACCGGACAGACGGCAAACAGGAUGCCGUCACGCUCACCGCACCGAAGCACUGUCCGUUGCCAACUAGCAGUAGCAGUACUGACGCUGUACCAGUGCUGUCUGCAUGGUGUGCACUCCUACUCCACUGGUGCUCCAGCAUUUGCUUGUGGUGCCAUGCGACCAAUGCAUCAAAUAGGUCCUAUCCAAUUUCAACCUGCGUCAGGAGAUGGGACGAACAGCAUUACGACGAACAUUGGGCCAACUUAUUUACCUUCAACUACCUAUGCUGUUACCGUGGUUUCAAGCGGCCUGGCAAUAAAUGGUAUAUUCUGCCAAGUACGCAGUGCGGCAACACCUCGUGAUGGCACCUCACCGCCGAUUGGUUCUUUCACCACGUUCGGCAACACACAACUUGUGGACUGCACUGGACAAAUACCAGGCACCACCAGUUCAUCUGCAGGCAUAACGCACACGCAGCGUCUUGCCACGCAGUCCUUGACCAUACCGUGGACAUCCCCUGCUGAACCAGCCGGAGACCUGCUUGUUAGAUGUACAGUGGUUCACACAGUACCCAUGUUCCAUACUCAGAUUCCGUCGGCUGUUUUCUCGCCGGCCAGCAGCACUACAACAGAAACUACUACUACUCCAUCAAUGACCAUGACACAAACAACUCCCCCAGUAAUGACCAUGACACAAACAACUCCCCCAGUAAUGACUACGGCUGAAACAACUCCUCCAUCAACGACCAUGGCUGAAACACCUCCUCCAUCAACGACCAUGGCUGAAACACCUCCUCCAUCAACGACCAUGACACAAACAACCCAAGCUGAAACAACUGGCAUAGGCCUGACUACCACUGCAGGCACACUACCAGCAACCACAUCUCUGCCGCUCACGACGCCGGAAUUGAUGACUGUGGCAACCACGUCAACAACCAACGUGCCAAUGCCCGCAACAACUGUACCUGCUGGAAUGACUACAACGUUACCAGUUCCCACCUCACCGAUCACCGUAUCCCAAGCCACAGACUUACCGACAACUCCCACUCCAGGCACGCCGUGUCCCGAGUACACAGCAGCCACGGCGCCAGAUGACCAGUAUAUCGCUCUGAUGGGGUGCUACUCACGCCUAACUAGUGCAUGGACAGUGGCAUUCGAGAAUUACGUCCGAACAGAUGGCCAAUGUGCCAGCAGCAGCAGCAGCAACGGCCUAUGACUCCAAUCCUAACUUCCUUAGAACGGCAAACAAUCUACCAGCGACUUUCUCUCUUUGUGGGCGUGUAUCUGCCAUCACGAUCAUGGUGAUGCUGUGCCAUCACGAUCAUGGUGAUGCUGUGCCCACUUGGGUCAGUGCGCUGCACACACACACUGCAAUCUAGCAGAGAGAUUUGCGCCCUUGAGGCCAUGUGUACAUACACCUACUAAGCUGUUUAGCACAGUUUGCACUGGAUCUCUGGUAUAUUCUCUGCACCAUGCAUUGGGCUACAUGCUGUCACAGUGUUGCUAUUCAUCAAUUCAGAGCCCCAGGGUCCAUGGGAUUGGCACCAGUGACUAUUAAAAUCUAAAACUUAUGUCACACAAGUUCUAAGUAAAGUCCCAUGCUGCAUUUAUCUAGCACAUUGAUACUUCACACUUCAUUGAUACUUCACACUGAGUUCAGAAGUUCACACUGUGACAGUACAGUCAGAAUCUAGUGACUGCAGCUAGGAACAAGACAGUACUGUAUAUUCAGUAAGUACUGUACUAGGAUUCAACAGCCCAUGUACAAUGAAAUGUGAAUCUUUGCAAACACUGUUGCCAAGUACAUGUAAAGUUGUAAACUGGAAUACAGCUGUACUACUAUUAUUACAGUCUAGAUCCAGAUGCUUUUUUGCGAGUGAUGGUGCACAUUCUUUUAACCUGCCGUCGGUGGUGUGGUUGAUCAUCCAUUGUCCAACGGUGGGUGGGAAACUGACAAAAUGUGCAGAAAGAAGAAGCAGUGCGAGUCUCUCCCUCUCAAUGUCA